AUGCUGCCACAGCAGCACGACCCAGUAGCGCAGCACCAGCAGCAAACCGUUGCUGCUGCUGCUGUGGGCUCCAUUCUUGCCUCUACGUCGAACUGUCCAUCUGCUUCUGCAGAUCCAGCUGGUGUUGCUGCAGCAGCUGCUGCAGCCUUCGCGGCAGCAGGAGGUCACAGAGUAGGAUCGCCUCUAGAAAUCGAUUCCGCAUCUGCUGCUGCUCCUCCUCCUGCAGCAGCGGCGGAAACAGCCGAUGCAGAAACAGUUGAGAUAUCGCCUGCUGGGCAUCAGCGAGCUGCUUGCCAGGAUACGGCUGCUGCUGCAGGUCCAGAGGCAGCAACAGCAACAGCUGCUGCUCCACAUGCAGCUGCAUCCUUAUCGGUAGGAGCGACUGCAGGGUACUCUUUUCACUCUCCCUCAGGAGGACAAGGAACGAUGCUAGCAGCAGCAGCAGCUCCACGAUCAGCAGCAGCAGCUCCACCAGCAGCUCAACCAGCAGCUCCACGUGCAGAAGGGCUGAAGACAGCCGCAUCUGCUUCCGUAGCAACAACUUUGCCGGACGCAACAGCAGCAGCAUCACCGAGCGCAGAUGCUACCCUUCCAGCGGCAAGCAGCCUCAGCAGCAGCAGCAGCAGCAGCAGCAGCGGCAGCGGCUCCAGCAGUAGCUGCACCAACCUGCAUGAAGCAUUACAAAGGGAAAUUGUAAUUGAUGGAGAGACAGAAAUGGAUGAUCUUCUUGUUGCAGCCCAUGUGGCGCAGGCGGAGACGUUGCUGCUGCAGCAACUACAGCUGGCUGACCCCGUCGACCCAAAACUGCUACAGCGGCCUCGUGCUGCUGCUAUCCACCGCAGCAGCAGCACCAGCAGCAGCAGCAGCGACAGCAGCGACAGCGAAGGUGAACAGGUUCCCCGUAGCAAGAAGGGAGCAGCAGCAGCAGCACCGUCAGGACGCACUGGCCUAGCAGCAGCGGGACAGCUUGAGCAGCAGCGGCAGUUGCUGAAACAGUGGGAUUCUACAGAGGGAAAACCGGAAGCAGCAGCAGCAGAAGCUGCAGCAGCAGAUGCUGCUCCAGCAGGAACAGCAGCAGCAGCAGGGGAUGCUAUGGAAGCAGAUUGCUGCAGCGAUGAGGAGGAAGGUGGUGGUGCCACAAAGCAAGACCUGCGCUCACUCAUACAAGUGGCGGAUACCUUCGGUCCAACUGCCUCUCCCUUUUAUGUGGUGUACGUACAGCCGGCGGUGUUAGCAGCAGCAGCAAACAGCAUAAAGCCAGGUGUGCCGGUGCUAUGUGACGUAGCGCAUGCAUCAUUUUUGAUGGACCAGCAGGGCAAGGCUCUCGACUACCUGCACUUCAGGAGCGGCCCCUUUAGCGGCCGCCCAGAGGAUGGAGAUGGUUGGGAAGAUGAUUCAGAGGAUGAAGGGGAGAUGCAACAGCAAGAGCAGCAGCAGCAGCAGCAGCAGCAGCCACAACGGCAGCAGCGCAAGGGGAAGGCAGCUCAGCAACAGCACCAGCAGUUCAACUCGCCGCAAGGCGCCGCCCGUAAUCAGCAGCAAACAGAACAGCAGCAGCAAGGCAAACGAAGUCGAUCUCGCAGGGGAAGGAACCAGCAGCAGCAGCAGCAGCAGCAGCAGCAGGAGCUGGGUGGUGCCCAAGUGCCUUCAUCUCUGCCACCAUGGCAGCAGCAGCAGCAGCAGCAACUGCAGCAACCCCACAUGCCACAUGCAGCAAUUCCUCCUCCCCCUCCUCCACCAGCCUUUCAACCCGCAUGCCAGCAGCAGCAGCAGCACUAUAUGCAGCAACAGCCGCAGUACAUGCAGCAUCCGCAGCAGUAUAUGCAGCAGCAGCAGCACCAGCCCUCUCAGUUUAACCAGAUCCCUAGGCCACCGCAGCCGCCCCCUUACCCAGCGCCGCCGCAGCAGCAAGCUGCGUCUAUAGGGCAGCCACAGCAGCAGGCAUAUAUGCAGCAGCAGCCCUACAUGCAGCUGCAGCAGCAACAACCCUAUAUACAGCAGCAGCAGCCGCAGCAGCAGCCCUACAUGCAGCAGCAGCCCUACUUGCAGCAUCAGCAGCCACAGCAGCAACCCUACGUUCAGCAGCAACAGCCGCAGCAGACACUCCGCCAGUUCUAG